ACGAAAGCAGAGCGUCGAACGAUCUUGGCGGUCGGAGGAAGCGGAACGACGCCUUGCCCCGACCUUUCCCAUCUUCGGCAUCAAUCUCAUUCUUCGUCUCGAUGAAGUAUCGGAAGCAGGAGACUCGAAUCGAAAACUGAGAGUAGCGAUGAAGAGAGGAACGAAGUGUGUCGCGCAGACCAUCAACCUGUCCAAUCCGGAGACAUGCGUAAGACCAAAGAGGAUUCAGAAGCUCGUUCAUGCAGACAUGAUGCAGCCUUGUCCGAGCAUAGUGGCCGGAGGCUCUUCUUAUUGGACUCCGAGACCGGUGCCCAUUAAAAUCUGCACGCGGAAAGACAUGCAAAGAACUUGUCCGCCAAAGCUCUGCGAGUGUCCGCAGAAGACAUCGCCAAAGACGUCGGGUUACAAAUUCUGUAACAUUCUGCUCUUCCUCGUGAAAAGUAGCAUCGCGGCUGGUCUCGUUUAUUGGACGCAUACCGAGGGCUUGUGGGGUAGCAGCGCCGACGUCGAGGACCUGUAUCGCAGGAUAAUGGCCACGAUCGCUCCCACUUUGGACGACAGAGAAAUCGAAUUGCCUCGCAUAAACGAUUUCAAGAACACGAUGAUACAGAAGUACAACUACGCCUUGUUUACCAUAAUGAAUUGUAUCGUGAGCGCGUCGACGAUGCUGCGGAAGCAGCUUCAACGUAUGUUGGUCGACGUCGAACCAGCCAAGGUCGAGCCAUCCGGCGCCGAAUCUUUCAACGAUACGACGGACACCGAAGAGGAAAGUUAACACUUGCGCCAUUGUUAAAUCAUACAAGACAAAUUCCUUGUGUAGUGUUGUUUGCCCUCGUCUCGUGAGUUUAAGAAGUGCUAAUGCACGAAUAAAUUCGUAAAACACUGGCUCUGCUCUAUCACGGAGAAUACGACUACUCGUGUUAAGAGGUGACUGCGACAACCGUGUUCAAGAUGUUCACGCUGGUUUCGCCGAGGACGUUGGCAAAGAUGUUCUCGAGAUGUUGCUUCACGGUACGUACAUAGAGAUUCACGUAAGCGCGCGAAAUACGAUACAAGGACAGAUUAAAAUUCCGUUCAGCUUGCUUCCAUUUUUUCCCGGAACACCAGAGGGUACACCAGGGAUUUCUCACGGUAGUUGCAUUUUAAGCGAUUUUUAUGGUACCUCUUGCUAUCGUUGUAAAAUUUCACGCUUCUUUCCAGCCGGUAUUUUACCCGGCGCGAAUUUAUUCUCGCGACAGAACUAAGAAUUCUAUGGGUUUGAACUCGUGGCGCGAAUAACAUUGAAAAAUACCUCGGAAACGAACUCUUAAUCGAAGAAGGAUCAGCCGCGAAUCGGCAAAUUCGAUCUCGUCCACCCCUUCGUGCAAUCCCUGAUUUUCAAGUUCAAUUUUUCUUUCCGCUCCCUCUUUUAUAAAUUUCGGAUUAUGCUAAAUGAGUCUUUAACGGUCUCCGGAGAUCAUUCAGCAUCGUUCGAUCGGUUAAAUUUGUUCGCGAACCGAGGGGAUCCGCGUCUCCCGUCUCCUUUCAUUGAAUCGACAAUCUCGAUCGAGAAUUCUCUUCAGCAAAGAAAGUAUGCUUCGUUAAUUCGGAAAUGUAGCUCCCUACGAAAAGCGGAUAUAUCCUAUCUAUGUGUGCAGCGAUCGCUGUUUAAACGGUCGCUUUCCUUUCCCUAUCUUUCCCUUCGAAGUUCAAAGAUGCAUCUUUUUAAUAAAUCAAGCGUAAUCGAAGUCGGAGGAAUAUCACAGAGAGUCGGGAUAGUCCUGUGGGAGGGUGAUUCAAA